AUGACCCCUCUUGAGGAACCGCCUUGGAAUGAGCGGAGGAAAAUAAGGAAAAUCUACCGUCUCUUCCUACGGAGGUAUGAUAUCUAUUCAUACUACCUCAACGGGGCCAAUAUCCGUCUCUUUGGAUGUGGGCUAGACCAUGGGCGUUGCUCAAUCUUUAGGAGCACACUCUGCUAUUGGAUCAUAAGACGAAUGAAGAAUUUGCACAUUGCUAUGGGUAGGAAGGGAUUCCAUUGGGACGAUUAG